CAAUGACGUCAGCGCCCACGUGAUCAUGCGCGCAGGUCAUCUGACGUAAACAAACAGAUCAUGUGAUCAUUUCGCUGACGCGCUAACUUUAACUAGUUAAACUUCUCUACUGUAAACAAUAACAGACAGGUGAAGAAUACAGGAGUCAUGGCGUCUGUGGGUCUUCUGUGCGUCUGUGCUUUCAUCUCUGCUGCUUCCUGUGUGACAACGAUAGGAACUCAACCUGAGCAGGUGCACAUCUCAUAUCCAGGUGUAAUAAAAUCUAUGGUGGUCACAUGGUUGACCUGUAAUGAUACAGACAGUGUUGUUGAAUUCAGUGUGUGGGGUGAAAAGCUCUUCAGUCACACAGUAAAGGGAAACUCUUCUGUAUUCACUGACGGAGGUCCAGAGAAGCGGAAGAUGUUCAUUCACCGCGUCACACUGACUGACCUGAAACCUGCCGCUGCAUACGUGUAUCACUGUGGCAGUGAGGCCGGUUGGAGUGACAUCUUUUAUUUCACGUCUCUGAAUGAGAGUUCGACUUUCAGUCCCAGAUUCGCUCUGUUUGGUGACAUGGGGAAUGAAAACGCACAAUCACUGAGUCGACUGCAGAAAGAGACUCAGAUCGGCAUGUAUGACGUCAUUCUGCACAUCGGUGAUUUUGCAUAUGACAUGCAUGAGGACAAUGGCAAGAUCGGUGACGAGUUUAUGAGACAGAUUCAGUCCAUCGCUGCUUACACACCUUAUAUGACGUGUCCAGGAAACCACGAGUGGGCUUACAACUUCUCACACUACAGGAACCGGUUCAGUAUGCCGGGACACACGGAGAAUCUCUGGUACAGCUGGAACGUCGGCCCCGUUCAUAUCAUCUCAUUCUCCACGGAAGUGUAUUUCUAUCUGGAAUACGGCCUAGAUUUGCUCUUCAGACAGUACGAGUGGCUCCAAAAAGAUCUUGAGGAAGCCAACAGGCCUGAGAACAGAGCGUUACGCCCGUGGAUCAUCACGAUGGCACACAGACCCAUGUACUGUUCCAACGAUGAUGAUGACGACUGCACACACUUUCAGAGCUAUGUGCGAUUUGGACGCAAUGACACACAGCCAGCGGCUCCUGGCCUGGAGAAUUUAUUCUAUCAAUACGGAGUGGAUCUGGAGCUGUGGGCUCAUGAACACACAUAUGAGAGACUCUGGCCUGUGUAUGAUUAUAAGGUGUUUAAUGGAAGUAUUCAGGAGCCGUAUGUGAAUCCUAAAGCGCCAGUUCAUAUCAUCACGGGCUCAGCUGGAUGCAGAGAGAAACAUGACGGUUUCAUCCCCAAACCUCGAGACUGGAGCGCUUUCAGAAGCACAGAUUACGGCUAUACACGCAUGCAUGUGAUCAACCGCACACACCUGUACCUGGAGCAGGUGUCUGAUGACCAGUACGGUAAAGUGAUUGAUCAGAUCACACUGGUGAAGGAGGUUCAUGGAGCGGACGCCUGGCGGUGAAGAUACUCAAUCAAACACACACUCUCUCUCAGGAAACACACUUUGAAUCAUAAUCAACAGUGAGAUGCACUUUAACUUCAAUCAAACAAACAAAUGAACAGUGUUUGUCUGUGAAGGAUCAGACCUCAUAGUCUCUUCUCUAAAGAUCUAACGGGAGCGCAUGUGUUUUGAGUUGGACGUGAUUCUUUAAAUUCCCUCCAGACAGAUUUACACUUUUGACUUCUGUGCCGGAUCUGAUCCAACUCUUAAUCACAGGAGACACAGCCAUUUAAUUUCACAGGCACGGGAUUUUCACAAACAAGAUUAAGUUCUUCAAGGUUGUUAAUGUUUCAUCAGGAAAGAAUCUUGAUAUGUGUUUUCAUUUAUUGAACUGAAUGAAAAUCCAUGUAUUUAAAUUAAUUAUGAUUUUAUUGAAGUUUACAUUUUAGUACUAUACACAAUCUACUUGAUUUCUCAAAAGAUUCGCUCUGUUCCAAAACCUAGUUUAAAACAUCUUUAACUCACUCCCAGUGUUUGAAAAGGUAGGCAAUAUGCUUCUUUAGCUCAGUUCAAAAGCAGAAUCACAUGUAUGCUUUAAAGAGAGGGCAAUCCCAGAAUGCAUUGCGACAACAUUUAUAAAUAUAAUUAGGGUUGGGAACCAUGAACCGGAUCUUGUUCAGAGCAGCUUCCAUAUUUUUCAAAAUACCAGAACAAUUAGAUUUUUAUGACGAUGUGUGUGUUUGACGCUGCCAACUACUGAAGCAGUGUUGUAUGAUUCCCCAGCUAAUGACUCUUAUGAGUCGGUUCUUUUGAAUCUACAAUGUGAAACGCACAGCACGACCAGUGUAGUCUGAUUCUCAAACAAAUGACUCUUAUGAGUCAGUUCUUUUGAAUCUACAGAGUGACAAGUGUCGUCUGAUUCCCAAAUGAAUGACCCUUAUGAGUUGGUUCUUUUGAAUCUACAAUGUGAAACACACAUCGUGACCAGUGUAGUGUCUGAUUCCCAAACAAAUGACUCUUAUGAGUCGGUUCUUUUGAAUCUACAGAAUGACAAGUGUAGUCCGAUUCCCAAAUGAAUGACACUUAUGAGUCAGUUCUUUUGAAUCUACAGAAUGACAAGUGUAGACCAAUUCCCAAAUGAAUGACUCUUAUGAGUCAGUUCUUUUGAAUCUACAGAGUGACAAGUGUAGUCCGAUUCCCAUAUGAAUGACUCUUAUGAGUCAGUUCUUUUGAAUCUACAGAGUGACAAGUGUAGUCCGAUUCCCAUAUGAAUGACUCUUAUGAGUUGGUUCUUUUGAAUCUGCAAUGUGAAACACAUCGUGACCAGUGUAGUCUGAUUCCCAAACAAAUGACUCUUAUGAGUCGGUUCUUUUGAAUCUACAGAAUGACAAGUGUAGACCGAUUCCCAAAUGAAUGACUCUUAUGAGUCAGUUCUUUUGAAUCUACAGAAUGACAAGUGUAGUCCGAUUCCCAUAUGAACGACUCUUAUGAGUCGGUUCUUUUGAAUCUACAAAAUGACAAGUGUAGUCUGAUUCCCAAACAAAUGACUCUUAUGAGCUGAUUCUUUUCAAUCUAUGCCUCUAAAAAUGUCUGCGUAAACACACCUUUAACUUAACUGUAUUAAAUGUAUCUCUGAUUUAUUUUGUCUGCUCUGUCAAAAUCUGAAAUGAUCUCAUCAUUUGGCAACAGGAUUUCUUAUUUCCAAAUAUUUCUAUCUUAAAGUAAUAAAGGAUUUGUUAAUGGAACUGUUUAAGGAACCGGAAUUGUUCACAAUCGUUAACAAUGAUAAAAAUAGUUCUGUCUAUUUAAAAAUAGACUAUCUUACCCAGUAUUUUUUUGUGUGUAUAUUUUGAUGCUAAUCAGAGUAUUGUGUUGUUAGCUUUAGCAACAUGCUAACGUCAGACUCUAUUGGGAUCAAUUGUAAAUCGAAUCUCUAAUGUGCUACACGUGACGAGCACUUCUUGUAUGACACACAGAGUUGCUGCCUAUGUAGAGCACUCCAAUUAGUCACUUAUGAGGUUCCAGUUACAAUGCUGCCUUAGAAGGUCACUGCCUAUGUAGACAGCGAGGGUUUUGGAACAGAGCUAUUAAAUCUCUUGAAGUUUGUCUUUGAAUAUGUUAGUGAACUGUAAUAAAUGUAUUUUCUCACA